UGUACCUUCUCCUGAGGGCCGUCCCGAGGGCGGUUGUAGAUCCGAUUCCGGGAAAAGAAAUCAUUGCGAAAUCCCGAGCGAUAACUCCGCAGUACUCGUCUCAUAUGGAAUUUGGGCUUGAGACCUUCGAAUCCGUUGUAGGCGGCAUGGUUAUUCCAACCGGAUGAGCUGCAACCGGCCUGGUCCAGCAAGCAGCGUCUACGCAAUAUGCCUGCCAGGUGGAUUCACUCCGGUUGUGUCGCAGUGACUGACGGAAAACACCGCAUUUUGUGGUUGUCCAACCUCCCUUUCUUGUACAUACAUAUUUACAUCACCGCCAAGCCAAAUGAACGCCAAGCCAGAGCAUCGCCAAGCGAAAGCGUCGCCAAGCCAAAUCGUCGCCAAGCCAAAUCGUCGCCAAGGCCAACGAUGAGUCGUCUCAGUUUCCGAAGAUUCAUCAUGACCCGGGCGAGGGCGGCACCACCCCAGGUGCCAACAGAUCAAGUGGUGCCUAUGCUGUACUUUGACGACACAAACAUGACUCGAGGCAUGAUCAUGUGCCACACGAUGAAGUUCCACGACGUUCUCGACGCCGAUAAGCUGCAUAAUUCGCUGUCCCGGUUGCUGAGUCUUGGCGGUUGGAGGAAGCUUGGGGGCAGAUUGCGCCUUAAUAAUGCAGCCAAGAUUGAUAUCCACAUCCCGCAGAUGUUCACGCCCGAGAGGCCAGCGGUGCGUUACUCGCAAGUCAAGAUCGACACAUCCAUCGACAACUACCCACUGGCUGCCAAGCUCCCGACGAAAACGACGGAGCCAUCCAUACAGGCAGGCGCGGAGACGUUUCGAUCGCUGGGGUGCCGCGAGGGCGUGCCGACACGCAUCCAGGACUACCUGUAUUCCGACGAGCCGCAGUUCCAGCUACACGUUGUCUCCUUCACUGACGCGACACUGGUUUCCCUGGCGUGGCCCCACACCGUCACUGACGCAAUGGGCAGGCAGGCACUCUACAAGGCUUGGCAUCUGGUGCUCGCGGGCAGGGAAGACGAGGUACCGCCGUUCCUGAGCUUGGAGGACGAUCCGAUGCGAGAUCUGGGGUUGGACAAGCCGGCCAAGCCGUGGUUAUUUGAGGCCUUGCAGCUCAAGGGCCUGUCGAUGCUCUAUGCCGUGGUGCGCUACGUAUUGGGAACCAUCUUCUCGCCGGAAACAGAGGCACGGACAAUCUUCCUACCUGCCAAGACGGUCGCAGCAAUGCGGAAAAGGGCCCUCAGCGAACUCCCCGCGACAGAUCACGAGGGCAAGGCGACGUUCGUCAGCGACGGCGACGUGCUGACGGCGUGGGCGACACAGACGUCGUGCCGGCACAUGCGGCCGACGUCAAAGCGCAACGUGCUCGUGCUCAACGUCUUCGACCUGCGGUCGCGGCUGCCGAGCCUGUUCCGGUCCGAGGGCGGUGGCGUCUACGUGCAGAACGCGUCGUUUCCGUGCUUCACCAUGCUCCCGGCCGGCCAGAUGUUGCGGGACCGGCUGGGAGACCUCGCCAUGCGUAUCCGGCGGUCGAUCCGCGAGCAGGUCGGCGAGGAGCAGGUGCGGUCGCUGGCGUGGCUGCUGCGGAGGGCCUACGACACGACGGGGAACGCGCCCUUCUUCGGGCCGCCUGACAGCUACUUCGUCUUCUUUACCAACUGGUCCAAGGCCAAGUUUUUCGACACUGUGGACUUCAGUCCUGCCGUGGUGAAGAAGGGGAAGGGGGACAAAGAACGAACAAACGUAAUGGGCCGACCCGAGUAUUUCCACUGGCAGAUGCUGGGAAAGGGCUUCCUCUCCGCCCGUAAUGCCUUCAGCAUCACGGGUAAGGAUGCUGAGGGUAACUACUGGAUGGGGGGUAUUCUACACCCCGAAGUCUGGUCCAAUUUCGAAAAGGAGGUGGAGAGAUUGCGAGAGGAGCAGCCCAACUGAUCAGCAGUCCAACUGCGGCGAGUCGUAAUAAUUGGUGCAUUAUUAAUGGAAUUGGAAUGGAAAGUGCAGUAGUGUACACGUUGGGCACUCACGAUGUCCACCACCCGCUGAUCAUUCCAAUGAAUCCACACCAGGAGGGUGGCUCUCAAGCCGUCCAUGAAUACGCAAUCGGGCUAGCCUAGGUAGCUUCAGGGGCUUCCGAUUGGCGAGUCUUGGCAAACUUGCCAGCCACCACAGGCCAUGUUGACCUAUCGGGCCUUUGUCUACGGAGUAAGUCCAAAACGAAAGAUAACGACGGCCCGACAAAGAGCGCGGAUGAUGCA